AUGCAGCUCCGCAGGCAACCGCUUUCCUCUCCCCGGCCGGGGGACACGCGCCCCGCGGCCCAGCGGCUCGCGGGACCGCUGCUCUUGCUGCUCGCCCUCCAGGGGGCGGCGGCGUCCGGGGGGCCCGAGGACUCCGGCUGGCUCCAGGACGCGGAGCCCUCGAGCCGGCUCCUCUCGCAGGCGGCGCGCGCGGCGCUGCACUUCUUCAACUUCCGCGCCGCCUCGCCCAGCGCCCUUCAGGUUCUGGAGAACGUGCUGGACGGCCGCGCGUGGGUUAAUCAGAAGAAGGAAUAUAAAUUUGACCUGGUGUUUACCACAGAAUUCUACAACACAGAGGAAGAUGAGAAACGUCUGGGACAAUGUUCUGCUCAAGUAUUUUUCAGGAAUGAGAAGCCCAGGCCGGCCGUUAAUGUGACGUGUAGUCAGCUCAUUAAGGAGAGGAGACAGGAAGAGGAUUACCAUCUCUACAAGCUCAUGAAGCAGCUUAAAAGCCCCUUGAACGCAGUCAGCAUUCCUGACAGUCAUGGAUAUAUUGCUCCGUCUCUGAGGCCCAUCUGGGACCUAGCUUUUCUGGGCAGCUCCUACGUGAUGUGGCAAAAGACAACACCGUUUCUCCAGUACUACAUGUCCCAGAUUAGCAGUGUCAAGCAGUGGAAAACAAAUGAUGAUGCAAUUGAUUUUGAUUAUACUGUUCUACUCCAUGAAUUCUCAACACAGGAAAUUAUUCCCUGCCGUAUUCACUUGGUCUGGUACCCCAGCAAACCACUGAAAGUGAAGUACCACUGUCAAGAGCGACAGACACCAGAAGAAGCCUCUGGAACUGAAGACGGAUCAGCUAUGGCACUGACGGAGCUUAGUAAUUUCUGA